AUGGAGGAGACCAUCACAACAGCCACCUCUGCAGGAUACAACACUAGUCAAUAUGCAGAUUAUUAUUAUGAUGAUUAUGUUUGGUGUCAAAUAGUAUCUAAUGAUGUCUUGAUAAUUUCAGGUGUCUUCACCUGUAUCUGCUUCUGUGGGCUUGUGGGCAACGUGGUGGUGGUGUGGCUCCUGGGCUGCCGCAUGAAGCGGAACCCCUUCACUGUCUAUGUCCUGAACCUGGCUGUGGCUGACUGCUCCCUGCUCCUGAUCCUGCUUGCCAAAUUGACAUUGUACCUUAUUGCAGCAGCUUGUUGUAUUGAUGAUUCUCAUUUUAGCUUUGCUAAUGGCAUCCUGUUCAUUCUGUUCCUGUUUUGCUACUUUGCUGGCAUGUACCUGCUGACAGCCAUGAGCGUGGAGCGGUGCCUGGCUGCUGUCUUCCCAGUCUGGUACCGCUGCCACCGCUCAAAGCGCUUCUCAGGGAUCACGUGUGGGGUGCUCUGGACUCUUGCUGCACUCUGUGUUGCUUUGGCAUUCAUUAGUUGUCUAAUUUUUGCAGUAUGUAAGGAAGUGCUAGACACUUUAAGCUUUGUGAAUUUUGUCCUCUUCUCUGUCUUGCCGCUGCUUUCCAACCUGGCCCUGUUCAUCAAGCUCCGAUGUGGCUCACAGAGACGACACCCAGGGAGACUCUAUGUUGCUGUCCUGCUCAGCCUCAUCUUCCUGCUCGUCUUGGGGCUUCCUUUCAGUGUGGAGAUUUUCAUUUUUUUUCAUGCACAAUCAUUUUAUAUUUCUUUCCUGCUGGCCUCACUGAACAGCUCCAUCAAUCCUGUCCUUUACUUCCUGGUGGGGAGCUGCCAGCAGCACCAGUUCCAGUGCUCUGUCAAAGCUGCCUUCCAAAGACUGUUUGAAGAGGAAGCCACAAGAGAGGAGAGGAGCCAGGAAACUGGGGAGGCCGUGAUGGAGACCAGUGUCUGA